AUGUUCGCCAAGCUUCUUGUCCUCCUUGUUCUCGUCAUCUUGACUACCAUGACGUCGGCGCAAAACUUUAUGCCACUCUUUGGCAGCUUCGGCGGCGGCAAUGUCUACUCCGGAAAUGGGGCCAGUGGAUUGUAUCUGUUGUGCGGGAGUGUCAACUGUGGACGAGGAUAGAUUUCGCUACAAAACCAAGAGUCUGCUGCAACGAUCUCCGCGAUACUGGUCAACGAUCUAUGUACAUAAUGAUCUGAACUUUCGUAUUUUGAAUAAUUUUGAUUCUUGCUAAGCAAGAUGUAAUGAAUAAUAAAUACCUUGAUUCAUACGCAUAUUCGGAAAUUUAUAUGUUUAGUGAAGCCCUGGGACUGGUGAAAGAACAAACUCUAGAGUUUCCCCGAGGCUGUGCGAACUCGAAUUAGACCUUAGCAGAUCAAAAGUCAUCGUAUAAAAGUUAUUGUUGGCAUCUUAAAAAUCUUAAAUGCAAAUGCAUUAAAAAUUGUUAAAUUUGGAGAAAAAGUGAAUGCAAUUAGAAAUUAAGGUGUAACAUUGGAAUCACAGUAAAAUUGUAAUUUGUAACAAUUUCCUAAUUGGCCAAUUGGCCAAGAUCUCAAGAAAUCACGAGAAACCCACGUUCCAACCGUCCCCCCGAUUCCGUUCACUACAAAGGUCUCGAUAAAAAUAGCGCCUCCCGUUUCACCGAUUCGUUUGGAGUGUAACGCGAUCAUUUUUUGUUUACCACGGGAUGAACAUUCAAAAAUUGUAACAUCACAGAGUUCGCUUUAGAGACCAGUUGACGUGAUUUUAACCAAACGGAUAAUAAGCAAUCAGAAGACAGUGGCAUUAAAAUGUGCGACAAAAUCAAACACUUGCAAGGAGAUCUGAUCCGGUGGGAAAAACCGUACCAUUUUGAACCCGGAAAGCAUCAAAAAUGUGGCAAAAUGCAUCCCUCUCCAAGUGAAGAAAUUUCAAAUUUCGUUUUUUGUUUUUUCACUUGGAGAGGGAAGCAUUUUGCACAUUUUUGAUACUUCCCGGAUGCAAAAUGGUACGUUUUUUGCCACUGGAUCACUGUAGUUUUUCAUUAGCCUAGACAUAAACAAUAUUCCAGAAAGUACAGGGAAUCCGAAAAUAUAAUUUCUUUUAUCUUACGCAUGUUUUCAUUUGACUGAACUACAGCCUCAUAUAGCCUUUUUGGGAAAUUGCAAAAUAAUACGUUAGAAAUGACCUGAUCUUGUUUGUUGUCGUGAUGUUGUAAACAUCCCACAUGCCGUAUUUUCCCAACUAUAGCCUCCGACUUUCCUUCACGUUUUCUGAAAGACACUCUCUGGUGGAACAUGGUGGAAAUCGCAGCGAUGUGGCGGAUGAUUUGAGUAUCUACUGGAUCCAUCAAGCUGCCUGUGAGUAUAACCAGUGACGGAGCGUUUUCCAAACACACUGGCAGUAUCACAAUCAACAUAAAAUAAUGUCACUCCAUGUAUAAUAAUUACAUUGCCGUGUUCGUCAGUCCCUUUAUAUUUUCAAGAAUCUCCAAAGCUUGCGGCAUUAUUUUCCAAUAAAUUUUUGUUUAUAAUUUCUUAACACUUGCAGGAAAUUAAAGCUGUUGUUGUUACAUACUAUAGUGAGCUGUGUGAGCUGUGAGAUCAACAAUAUUUGAGCCCCAACUUGAGCCCAAACUCUCUCCCCGUUAACCGAAAAUAACCUUCGAAAGACGCGCCAAACAAAGAUCUCUCGUUGGUCCCAACUGUAACAAAUAUCAACAGUUUAACGGGCGCCCUCUCCCACGCCGACCCAUCCCUUCCCAGAAGGUGUUUGUUGUACUUGUGACGUCGGCGUCUUGAAACUUUCGCAUCACUUCAGUCCCUUCUGAUUCGCUUACGUAGCGGAAUCAAUUUUUCCCGUUCUCAGGCCCCAUUUUGGCGUCGUUCUCGCCUUUACGGUCGCACGAUGACGGAUCGUUUCUGUAGAGCGGGUGGAGAUGGAUCGCCGACAAAAAAGGUGGUGCCGAGGGUGUUUGAAGAUCACGGGAGUUGGAGCAUGUGAACCCAGGGUUCACGGCGAACAUGUAAACGUGGAACUUUCGAAUAUGACGUGAGUGUCGAGAAAUGCACAUGGAGAUUGUAAACAUUACAUUGUAACGGUGGCGUGUGUAAAAAAGGAGCAUUCUGGGCUGGGCUUCUAAUUGUUUUUGCAAUCUAUUUAUGAAGACUGUCAAGAGAUGACUAAAAACUGUUCAACAUGCCAAAACGAAUAUUUUUUAUAGGCCAUUCUUCAAGAAGCUAGGCUUCCAAGAAAUCACAAGAAAAUUUGUAUGAUCUUGAAGUGGAUUUAACGACAAUAAACUUGGAUAUCAAAUCAAUGAAACUGGUCGCGUGACAAAAUACAGAGAUACUUUGUUUGCAAAAUGCCCAUGAGUGACCAGCUCUCCAUAAAAGUAUCGAAGUUGGCAAGAUAUGAUUACUCAUAUUCAAUUUUUAUUUUAACCCGUGUUAUGACUUUCUCAAAUGCAUUAAAUUUUUGUAACUCCGCAUCAAUAUUUUACAUUUUGAAAGUCAUCAAAUCCUCCCGCAACGAGCGAGCUCAAGGGAGAUACUCAAGGUCCGAUGAUCCUAUUGUCUUUUGUGUGUUUGGCUUUGAUCUCACCAAAAAAUUCAGAGUUCUUUGCCAACGUUUGCAUAAAAACCUUUGAAUAGAACUAAAGAAUUUGAGUAGAUACAUUGUCAUACGUUCGAAUCCACUUUAGUGCCAUAUGGAAAACAUACCGUAACCAUUCGCAAAACCCUGCCAACCUUCUCCAACUCAUACCUCCAGUUGAAAUACUCAAAAUACGCUCUGAUGCCAAAGAAUCAUGAGACUUUGUGUUUCGUUGACCUGGCUACCGUAUCCACUUUUAUGGGUCGUUCUCUAAACGGUUUCCGUCGUUACACUUUUAGUCGGUCGCGGGCUGAACAGUGUGGAAAAAACAAUUUUUGUGCGAAAAUUCCCAUUAUGAAGGUAACUUUUUUCGAUCCUGGAGGAGGAGACAAAGUCCGCAUAUAAAAGGAGAUGGUACACAAUUUCCAAACAAGCCCUUCAACAACUAAAAGUCCAACUCGUCUACUACUAGUCGCUAUGGCCUCCAAAAUGAUUGUAAUCGUGCUCCUCAUGCUGUUGGCGGUACUGUCUUCAGCUCAACAAUUCAUGCCUGUUUGGGGAGCCCCUGGGUUCGGCAAUUUCAUGCUGGCCGGCAACCAGGCCGAUGGAAUGUACUUGCUCUGUGGCAGUGUCAACUGUGGCCGAGGAUAG